AUGAGAAGGCUGGAUGUGCUGGAUGUGGAAGCUGUCAGAAUCAAUGCAGUUGGCCUUCGUGUUACCAGUUCGCUUGAUCCAUCGACCUAUUCCCAUACACCCACUGGUUUGCUGCAUCCGUGUGGCGGUGCUCUCCACUCCACACACCCAAACGCAUUGUUAGCCGCCUGCGUGCCUUCCGAUCUUGCGACUCGAUAA